CACAGGCUGAUUGGUUGGUCUUGCGAGGUUGUGAUGAAGACUGAAAGCUGCACAUACCCGGCAGAACAAACUUGUGUUCAGAAGCUGGAUGCUGAGACCAGUGGAGCCAGUUUCACAAAUCAGCCCUCCCUUUAACACAUUAUGUGCACGGUGGACUGAAAGAAAGGUGGGACUGAGUUAGCGAGCGAGCCAGAGAAAACCCCGGCUAGGCUGGAUAAUGAAAAAACAGAGACAGGUACUGAUAUCUUCGAGGCGUUCCUGUUUCUAAAGCAGAGGGCAGAACAAAAUCUAACCCCGCGCUGCUGUUUUCUGCUCAGACUGAUUAUCACAGUGAAACUUAAAGGCCAACUGUGCAAACCGGAGGGAAGUAACCUUGCCAGCUCCAGCCAGGACUUUGCAACAACAAAGUAACCAAAGGAAAAAUGGGACAGAGAGGUAUUUCAAGCAAGACUUACUGGAAGUUUUAUACCGUAUUUCUGCCACUCAGCAUGGGGCUGUUUGCCUGGUGUGUUGCGAUGGAAGUAGAGGAAUCCAGCUGGCAAGCGGACAGCCGCUUUUACAUUAAGCCACCGCACUGCGUGGAUAUUCCUUUCGCCUUGAGACUUUGCAACAACGUCGGGUACCACAAGAUGAGCUUGCCCAACUUGCUGGACCACGAGACCAUGGAGGAGGUGCAGCAACAGGCGAGCAGCUGGGUGCCGCUGCUGAACAAGAACUGUCACCCCAACACCCAGCUCUUUCUCUGCUCACUGUACGCUCCCAUCUGCCUGGACAGACCCAUCUACCCGUGCCGCUCACUCUGCACGGCAGUGCGGGACGCCUGCACGCCAGUUAUGGAGUUCUUUGGCUUCCCUUGGCCGGACAUGUUAAAGUGCGACAAGUUCCCACUGGACAAUGACCUGUGCAUCGUCUUUCCCAACCCGAACGCCACUCUUUCGACCAGCUCGCAAGCAGCAUCAGAAGUGUGUCCACCGUGUGACAAUCAGAUGAAUACAGACAUUAUUCUGGAUCACCUCUGUGCAAGUGAAUUUGCUCUCAAAAUGAAGAUCAAAGAAGUCAAGAAGGAGAAUGGAGAUCGGAAAAUCAUUCCACAGAAGAAGAAAAAGCCUCUGAAACUGGGACCACUCAAGAAAAAGGACCUGAAGAAGCUGACCUUGUACAUUAAGAAUGGGGCCGACUGCCCUUGCCACCAGCUAGACAAUCUCAACAGUAACUUUCUCAUUAUGGGUCGUAAGGUGAACAAACAGAAUCUCCUGACAGUUAUUCACAGGUGGGACAAAAAGAGCAAGGAAGUCAAAAAAGCUGUGAAGAAAAUGAAGACUCAUGUAUGUCCCACAUUCCAGGGUGUCUUCAAAUGA